AUGACGGGCAGCGUCAUGCUGCGGAGGGGCCCGAGCACAUUCUCCGCGGUGAUGUCUGCGCCGGGGAUUGUCCGUGGUGAUAUGUGCGCCAGGGGUGCCUGGCCAACACCAACUGUUGGGCGCGCGCGCGCGCGGCAGGCAAACUUCGGCGGCGCGCCAAGGGGGGGCACCCGGCGGUGGACAGCAGCGCCACCGCCGGGGACACCUAUCGGCGGCUUUCCUCGACCGCUCCUCUGCCUCUCCGUGCCCGCGGCCGCGGCCGCGCCGCCGAAGCUGCUGGUAGCGCAGGGCGCGCUCGGCGGGCCGCAGAAAGCGCUGCUUGGCUACAUUCCUGGCCCUGCAGGCGGUCCUCCAGACAGCAGCAUCGUCGAGCCAUCCAUGUCCAGCGCCCUGGUCGGCGUCAGCGGCGGGAGCUUCCAUAUCCCGGGGCAGUACGCCCCGCUGCCGCUCACCAGGCACGGCGCUUCGCAUGCCGCCCAGGCCACCGCCACGGCGAGCGAGGUGCCCGACGAGCUCAAGCACGUGACCACGUGCCACUUCCGUUCAGAAUGA